AUGGAUUAAUUGAUAUAAAUCAAAGUAAUUUGCUCUUCAAUUUCCCUUUUCAGUAGUACAACUGUCGCUCUAUUAUUUUUAUCAAACCCAAGUAAUUCAUUACCUUUAUAUAAGAAUUGAGAACACCAACCUUUCGUUUAGUCCUCCAACUCCAGAUCGCUGAUGCUCUCUUUGCCCUAGCAAGCAUUAUCAAUAGUAACGAUGACAAUAAUGGACUAUGGUAAGUAAUGUCAUAAAUAGUGUAUUCCAGGCAUUUCUGGUCAAUUACAGUCGUGAAUCAAGUAUAGUGUGGAUUGGAAUUUUUGCUUACAAUAUGUGUGCCACAAUUGUUGAUAAUUAAGAAUUGCCAGGUCUUCUAAAAUUUUAUGUUGUUGCAAUAGGUAACAUUUUUGAAUCCAAUUGUUCUAGGCAUUCCAUUCAUAUUGAGUGCUUAUCCAUUCGCUUGGGAUGCCUAUGGGUUGAAUUAUUCAAUGUGUUGGUUAUUACCAGAUAGCAUCGCUUUAAUGGUCGUCGAUUAUUUGGUUCUUUGUAUUGGCAUACUGUUCUACAUCAUAUAUUUUUAUAUAAAAAUAUAUAACUUCUUGUAUAAUGUUACUGAGGUAAGAAUUGAAUUGAAGAUUAAUAGAUGAAAUCAUAUAAGCUAUUCCUCUAUCCUCUUUCUUUCCUCCUUACUCAAAUUUGGACCAUGAUUGAUAUAUUCCAAAAAUACGACCAAUAUAGUGUAUGAAAUUAUGUUUAUAGAUAGACCUAUGCAUUCAAAGAUGUAGCGGUUGCAUUUGUGAGUCUCUAAGGUUUCAUAAAUUCUCUGGUUUAUGGGUUGACUCCUCAAGUCCUUGAGAUUAUCAAGUCUUUUUGUUACUCAAUCAAUCAGAAGGAGUAGCGGGAAUUACAGAUAGCGAAUCAAUGUAUUUAUCAUUAAGGAAGAAAUAGAGGAUUUCGACUCAUCCAGAUAAUAAUCAUUUAUUAUGCCUAUGGGAUUUGACACUAGAACAUCGAGUGACACUAGUGUAUAGAAUGGCAAAUUCAAUUAAUAACUGAUUAGUGCAGUAAAACAACAAUAAGAAUUAUGA